UUUCUCUUUUCAAAAUAAUCCAACUUCUGUGCGUAAAAAUCGCCACACGCAAACACGAACCGCGCUGUGUGCGGCAUCAAACUUUUAAUAAUCAGUCCAUUUUUUUUAUUUUUUCUCACCAUCUGCCUUUUCUGUUUUGAAUUAGCCCCUUUUAAAGAAACACCCACAGCUGUGUGCGUGUGUCCGAGCGGUGCGUAAAAAGGCCCCGCGGCUCGUUUUUUUUCCUAUUCUCAUCCGCGACCAUCGAAGUGCAGCUUUGCUCAGCUGAUAGAUAAAUGACCCGGUUUGAUUAUUAUUUUUUAAGUUGACGCUUUUAUCACUUACAGAUCUCGCUCCGUUUGGAGAGUUGUGUGUCUUUUUUGGACUGCGCACAGCUCCGGAGUUUAACAUAUGGCAUAAAGGGGAGCACAGCUGGAGGUAGCGUUUCCAUUGCGGUGAUGUCAGAGCAGCUGACUCCACAGCUUGCAGUGUAAUUAGCAAACAGAGCAGCAGUUUACUCACUCACUCUGCGCUGCUCUUAUUUUUUUCCUCUUCUUCACGCCGGCCUCCCUCCUCCCUCCCCUUGCAAUGGACGAGUCGGAUCAUUCCCAGUCCCGCUCCUUGCUUGUUCUGUAAACACCGCUGUUUUGUGUGCGCUCGGAGACGCACCGGUGCGUCACUAUCCGCUCACAUUUUUUGGAGACGCAGCGCAAGAAGUGUGGCUGACUACCUCUACUACCAAUCCGAAUUGGAUCAGCGGAUCCGUCUGCAGCCGUUGUCCAUGGGUUAUGAAGGAAGAAUGGAGUUCCCAGACCAUAGCCGCCAGUUGCUGCAGUGUCUGAGUCAGCAGCGUCACCAAGGUUUCCUCUGUGACUGCACUGUUCUAGUCGGCGAGGCUCGAUUCAGAGCGCACAGAGCCGUGCUGGCCUCCUGCAGCAUGUACUUCCAUCUCUUCUACAGGGACCAGCUAGACAAAAGGGACGUUGUGCAUCUCAACAGUGACAUUGUGACAGCCCCUGCUUUCAGUCUGCUCCUUGAAUUUAUGUAUGAGGGGAAGCUGGAGUUCAGCUCUCUGCCAGUGGAGGAUGUCCUGGCAGCAGCCAGCUACCUCCACAUGUAUGAUAUAGUCAAAGUGUGCAAAGGCAAGCUUAAGGAUAAGGAACUUUUGUGCCUGGACGAGGGUUUGGGACUCAGCUGCCUGGACAGGGAAAAUUCCUCGGAUGGCGAGCUGCACAGUAAACAGCUACUCCGGCGACAGCUCCAGUCACAGUCUCUGGGGCUUCACAGGGCCCCCCCGGCAGAAGAGUUUGACAUGGACAACAGCGAACUCAGGCUGGCUGUCACAGAUUGUGAUAGGUCUACACGGAGCAGGCAGAAGGCGAACGGUCACUCUGGCAGGUCCCCGGACCUUGUAAGUGUCAAUUAUGUGUCAGCAGAGGCCGAGCCCUGCGUCCAAACAGCUGGAAAAACAAAAGCUGAUGUCAGUAGUUCCACCGCAUUGCUGUCCCAGAGGUCCCGGGCUUCAGAUGACAUGGACUGUGCACUGGAUUUGUCUUUCAAGCCUCUGUCUAGCAGAGAUCCCUUACACCCCUCCUACGUCUCGGGACAGCUGGCCCUCGACAGCCAGCAGCAGGGCAUUGAGCCACUUGUUAAAGACGAACACGACUUGCUGUCAGAGCAGGAGGACAGUGAGCCGAUGAGCCCUGAGAGCCAGCGCUUUGGGAAUAGUGCCAGGAGCUCGGUGGUGACAGGGUUCGCUGCCCUCUUCCCAGGCAACAACGGCUCCACAGCCGCCCUGCUCUCCCAGGAGGAGGACCUGAUGGACGAGGAGGGGGAGGCCUGCAGAGGGAGGGAGGGCGCCCCAGGCAGGGCGUUGGAGGAGCGGAGGGGCAGGCUUCUGGGGGACAGCGAGGAGGAGGAGGAGGACGACUUGGCCUCUUCAGACAUCUCCACCUCCAGCGGCGUGCUCCUGCCCCCGGGGCAACAGGUGUGUGUUUGCCCUCUCUGUAGCAAAGUCUUCCCCAGCCCUCAUGUGCUGCAACUGCACCUCAGCUCACACUUCCGCGAGAAGGAAGGCGCUCGCUCCAAACUGUCCCCAGAUGGUUCGGUCCCCACCUGCAUGCAGUGCAACAAGACCUUCUCCUGCAUGUACACCCUUAAGCGCCACGAGCGCACACACUCUGGUGAGAAACCAUACACCUGUGGCCAGUGUGGCAAGAGCUUCCAGUACUCUCAUAACUUGAGUCGGCAUGCUGUAGUGCACACACGUGAGAAGCCUCACGCUUGCAAGUGGUGUGAGCGGCGCUUCACCCAGUCUGGGGACCUCUACCGCCACAUCAGGAAGUUUCACUGUGGCCUUGUCAAGACUCUCGCCAUUGGAUAAAAAACCUCUCACCAGUGCCAUUGCAUAAGACAGAAAUGUCUUAUCAUACACUGAAUACAUUUACUGAACCAUUCUCCUGUUAGUAUACACAUGUUGGCAGUCUGUCGGAGACAUAUCUUUUGGAUUCUAAACCCAUGUGGCAUUUCUCAAGUUUAAAAAGAUGUAGCAACUUCUGAGACUGGAGCUGUUUACUGUGCCGACGAUGUUGAAGGUGCAGAGGCUGCUCAGAUUAACAUGGGUGCUGUGAAAUUCAAGCUGGAUCUGUGUGAGCGACGAUGAACAAAUCAGACGAUGCACUUGUUUGUUUCUGCCCUGUUUGUGUCAAUCUGUUGAGUUUAUUUACUGAGAGAGAGAAAAAAACAUCCUAUGUUUUUACCCUCUGGGUAAUGAUGGCUAAUGCUAACAUAUGUUAAUACAAUCGUUAGAGUAGUUGAGACUUUUGUGCACAUGGGAGAUCAGAACCGUCCGUGAGUAGCAAUAUUUGAUUUUUUUUCAAACGCUCCUUCAUUUAUUAUUAUUAUUAUUUAUUAUUUGGGAUUUGUUUAGUCCUCUAACAAGUAAACUAUCAUAAGGCAGCAAAACUAAUGAAGUCUGACUACUGGAAGUAUGAUUAAUAUUAUUGUUCACAGUUUAUGUUUGGUUGAAAUGAAGUCAACUACAGUUUUAUGUUGUUUAGAACAAGAGACCCAGACCAUUAUAUCAUCAUGUUUCUUUUUUUGCCUUGGGGAGAGUUAACAGCUCUUUUAGUUACUAAUGUAAGUGUGCACAUAUCGAUGACACGGCCUUGUAAUACUUAAAAAGAAAUGUUGUAUAAGCAGCGGAGGGAUGGAGAAUUAGUCAGGGGCUGAUGCCUGUAACACUGGUGCCUAUUCAAGUCCUCAACCUAGUGUACUUACUAAAAACAAGAAUGAUAUAUAUAUUAUCAUGCCUUUAAAUCUGGAUAACACUCCGUAUACCAGGUUAUAACAAAGGUAAUCGUCUGCUCUGGAAGGAUCCAAGCGUGUGCUUAAUUUAAUAAUUUUUUACAAGAAUGUAAUGAAAGUAAGUCAAGCUCCUGUCAGUUAAAUGUUUAUUUGUGCGUUUGGGUUAAAAGCAAAAAGUUGCCGGUAAAUUACCUUGUUACUUCCUGGUAUGGCAUAUAAAGGGCACGUUGAUAUGGGGUUUGAGGCAAACCCUCCGCAGGCAGGGAGGGCAAAGACGGAGACAGGUGGUGUUUGUCUGAGAUGUGCCAUUUGGCCGAACCUGCUGACUUUUCUUUCUCCGAAUUAACUUUCUCCACAUUUAUUCUUACUGUACGUGUGUCUAAGUUACUACUGAUGAAGUUGGAGCGUUUAGCGGCGCAAGUCUUUUGGGCGGGAAGUGGAUCUUCUUCUGUCCGUUCCCAGCAGGAGGUGUGGCGCUAAAAGUUCCUGAUAUUUGUCUAAUCUGUCCUGAGAAGACUUGAUCAGAAUUUUAUUUAUUAGUUUGGUUCAGGGUUAACUGUAGGUGUAGUUCUUGUUUCUAUGAGCUCGAGAGACGCCACGUCUUGCCUAUAGCGAUCUUGGUACUCAUUAACUGGUAUUUGGGGGCUGUCUGUUCAUUUUCUCUGUGCAAAUCAAGUUACUGUAAUUGUAUUUUUAAUACACCAUGUAGAAACCUCUGUGGAGUGUUCAAGGUGUGUCACAUGGAACAUAGAGAAGCACUUGUUUUUAGCAUGCGUAUAGUUUCAACACUAUUGUCUAGGCUGCUAUUUCUUACUGUUUGUAUAUUUAAUGUAAAUAUAUAUUCUAUUUAUCAGACUGUUUGUUUUUCCGUGUGACAUCACGCAUCGAGGAGUCAGGUGUCUUAUCGAGGCCACCACCUCUUAAAAGUGUCACGUCUUCCAGAGAGAGUUUGGUUCCUUCUUUCUUUUUCCUCCAUUUUUAAGACUUGAUUGGAGUCCGCCCCGCACAAAUCAGAGCAGUUAGUAAGCGCUCCGACUGCUGUUCGGCCACAGGAAACAGCGGUCCACAAGCACAGUCACAUUGAUACGGCAUCGGCUACCUAUAGAAACGAGACAAUACAGGCAUUGUCCCACCCCCACCUCUCUCCCUACCAAGUCCCAGGUAGUUCUCAAGGGAUCAUUGUGCAUCUCUCUCUCAGAACUGUGGGGAGAAAAGCCAGCGCAAGUCUCUCUUUGCACUUUUCUGUAUUGAAUGGAGCCCUUGGAAUGUGAGAAAUGUAUUUGGCAAAGGGAGACCAAGGAAACUGCAAACAGGUGUAUUGUUCGGAGGCAUCAAAGAACAGGGCCCCCCCCCCCGUCCCAGCAUGCAGUAGAUAAACGCUUCAUUGUUCCCCCUACAUGCAGAAGUACCACGGUGAUUUGAUUGCACAUCUAUCACGAGAAUAUCAGAGUAUUGUUUUCAAGAAAAGUUGCAGAGACUGACGCGGAAUAUCUGGAAUAGAGGUCAGACGUAUGUGCUUUUAGCCUUUCCAUUUCUACAGAGAAACCCUGAGGUUUUGUUUUUUUCUCAUUUUGACUUUUAUGUGAAUCACCAAGGUUUCUUUCAGGACACAAAAGUGAUUUCUGAGCAUUUGCAAAGGUUUUAAGCGGAGAAACCCAAGUUUAGAAGGAAUCAGAUCAUUUCUUUUGGAAUUACAUGCAACCUCCCGGACUGGCCGUUGACAACAGAGCCCUAGCGAACGGGAAUUGCUUGUAGUUUGGCUCCCCUUGUUUACUUGCACAAACACUCCUGUUGUUCCCACGACAGGUUAAUCACUUUGGUUAUUCAUCAGAACAAUAGACUUGUGUCAGCUACAUAGAUGCCACAAUAGUGUUAGUAAUGUAUAUUUCAAUCCAACCGCUGGAAUGUAGAUUGUCACUGUUUCAUUUCUAAUCUAUCUAAAAAUCACUUGAUUCUCUAAUGUACAUGUGUACAGAGGUAGACGAACAGACAAACUAAUGACAUGUAAAAAAAUCUCUUCCUUCUUUUUAUUCUUUGCAGUCUUUAUUUAUACCUCCAGGAUGAUCACCACAUGUGCCUUGUAGACACACGGAUAGGUGUUGCAUCUGGAGAAGGCCUUUUUCAAUACUGAACAUUUUUGCCCUCGUCGGCGGUGUCAACGUUCACAUCACAGCUGCAGUGGCUCGCCCACUAAUGUGAAACCCUUCACAGCUGUUGGUUCUUAUUUUUCAUUUCUAUCAUAUCAAAAAAUGUAAAUCCUGACAAACUGAAGGUUUGAAGUCCAUUUAUUGUUGCUGCUUUGAGAGAGAUUACAUCAAGGUUUUGAGAUUUAUUUCACCCUUUUUUUUUUGUCUGUGACUAAAUCUGUUUUGGAUUUUUGUUAAACUGAAGACAAGCAUUUGUGUUUUGGCUCUUUAGAAGCCAGUGCUAGUGGGAACUAACAGUAUGUUCCUCAGUUAAUGUCACUGUUGAAUGUGAAACACUGAGAUUUUGAUUGUUGACUUUUGUGGAGAUGGUGCCUCUCUCGACUGAGGGCUGUGUUCUCCUAACUCAUGCUGUAUGAUCUUUUUAAGUAAAAAAAAAAAAAAGACUUUACCGAUACUGGAAUUUUGUCCUCUGCAGGAUACAACUGUGAAAUUGUGUAUAAUCAUGAGAAAUAUUUAUUAUUGCAUUUUGCUUCUUGUGCAACAUUUGACUGUCUCCUUUUUAAUUUGGGUUAAAAAAAAAAAAAAGACAAAAAGCUUCUAAAUGUCAAACGAAAAAUCUUUUUAAUAGAAUUUGUAGAAGUGCCAUUAGAUUUUAAUAUAAUUUUUUAAUAAGAAAGGUAUAUUUUAUAGUAAUCAAUUGCUUCAGUGUUAGUCGUGUAGAGAUUAGAGGACAAUCUUUAUGCAGAAUUGACAUUGCUUAGAUAUUGAGGCAAUUUAAUUUGAUCUAUAACUGUAUGUGCAUUUUCUUUGUUUGCGCUUUUGGAGUGUGCUUGUGUGUGUGUGUGCUGUGGAAAUGUGACAAUCUUGAUUUAGGUCUUUAUUAAGAUUAUGCAUAGAAUUAAAUGGAACAACUUUC